CAGCAAGUAGCAGCAAACAAACCACCGCAGUCCUGGCUGGGAGGGACCUUGGAGCAAGCAGGCAGGCAGGAGCCAGAGGAGGAGGAGGCUGGCUCGAACCAGAUCCAGACAUCGUGGAAGCAAUGGAUCGGAAGAGGUGGGAGUGCUCAGCUCUCCCGCAGGGAUGGAAAAGGGAAGAAGUGACCAGGAAAUCGGGGCUCUCUGCUGGCAAGAGUGAUGUCUAUUAUUAUAGUCCAAGUGGGAAGAAAUUCCGCAGCAAGCCUCAGCUGGCGCGUUACUUGGGCAACUCCAUGGACUUGAGCACAUUUGACUUCCGAACAGGGAAGAUGCUAAUGAGCAAGGUGAACAAAAACCGGCAAAGGAUGCGCUAUGACUGUUCAAGCCAAACCAAGGGUAAACCUGAUCUAAACACCACGCUUCCUGUCAGGCAGACAGCUUCAAUUUUUAAACAACCAGUCACUAAGAUCACAAAUCAUCCCAGCAAUAAAGUGAAGACUGACCCCCAAAAGGCAGUUGACCAACCCCGACAGCUCUUCUGGGAAAAGAAACUAAGUGGCUUAAAUGCCUUCGAUAUUGCAGAGGAGCUGGUGAAAACAAUGGACCUUCCAAAGGGUUUGCAAGGUGUGGGACCUGGAUGUACCGAUGAGACCCUCCUUUCGGCCAUUGCCAGUGCCUUACAUACCAGCACAAUGCCCAUCACUGGACAGCUUUCUGCUGCUGUUGAGAAAAACCCUGGGGUCUGGCUAAACACUUCUCAGCCUCUCUGCAAAGCCUUCAUGGUGACCGAUGAAGACAUCAGGAAGCAGGAAGAGCUGGUUCAGCAAGUGAGGAAGAGGCUAGAGGAAGCAUUGAUGGCUGACAUGCUUGCUCACGUGGAAGAGAUAGCAAGGGAUGGUGAGACCCCUGUAGUAAAGGGUAAUGAAGAGGAGGAGGAGGAGGAAGAGGAGGAAGAUGGUGAUCAUGGACAGGAGAUGGAGAAUGUAUAGUCCAGGGUGUUUCUCUCAAGAACUAGCCUGCACUCGAUCCACACAGAGGCAAGUGCAUCUUCAGAAUGUUGUGCACUAACUGUACCUGCGUGUGUGAACAUGUUUGGCCUCGGUUCACAAGAAGCUGAAGGGACCAGUCAGACUCUCUGUAGUUUGAAGAAGGACUUACUGAACCCAGUUUUUUUUUUCCUCUGCCCCCCUCAUUUUUUUCCUAAAAGUAUCACAGGGCAAUAGAGGAAUCAGAAAGGGUAUUCAAGAAUUGUGAACAUAAUCCCUUCAUCUUAUUCCCAGACUAGCAACUGAAACAGGUUUCCCAAGUCUCUUUCUGAUAGUGUCUGCACAUGCCCUAAACCAAUUAUCUCUUGGCUUAACCCGCAGAGAUGACAUGAAGAACUUCUUUUAAAUUUUCUCUGCCUAUUUGAAGUCACGUAUAACAAAAUAUAUUUGGUGGUAUAGCUAAUCCAUCCCACUUGCAAAAUCUUGCUGUGGGAUCUUCAUUUUCUUAUCUGGUUUUUGAAUUCGGGUUAAUUUGAUUUGCUUUUUAAAAAAAAAUCCCACCAAUAGAAGGUGCCUUCUCAUGUGGGGCUGGGAAACAGCCCCUGGAGCUAUUAUAGAUCCAAGCUUUGAUCAAAAUUCCCUUCUUCUAAAUGAAUAUAACAUGACAAAGAACUAUAAUUCAUGCAGAGCUUUAUGAGCACAAAUCAUUGUAGAAAGAAUAUUGAAUGGUGACAAUAAUUACCAGUCAGAGAAAAUGUAACCAAAAGGUGCUGUAUGAGGUUUUUACACCUAUUGAAAGAAGGGAUUUCUUAGUGCUAUUGACCUCCUCUUGUUUGUUUUAUAAUUGAUAUGGUUACUGGGGGAAGGGUUGCCUUUGUCUCAUAUAAUUAAAUGCUUUUCAGAAGUAGUAGUAUUAGAUUGCUAACAUAGUUGAGGAGAAGCGAGCAAACCAAGCCAGUUGUAAAUGACACAGAAUUUGCCUUAAUGUGUUCAGCCUCAGCUGGGAAUGGGUUAUCAUGAAUAUUAGAGCAUAGAAACACAAACAAGACCACCUUUGCCUCUUGCUUGCUUACAUAUGCAUACUGUCUCUGAAUAACUGUCAUCAGCAAGACAUUAAAUCUUCAGUAAUGGAUUUUAAAUUUACUUACUUUAAAUUUACUAAAAUUCAUUCAGCAGAGUUUCAGGAUUAGAUGAGAGUGCUACAUCUCUUUUAAAAAAAAAAAAACAACCAGGGCUGAUGGAAACCCCGUCAUAAAUUCCUGGUUAGAUUUUAUGUAUUUUGGAAAUGUGGGGUGUAUGUAAUCCCCAGAGUUAGACAUGUGAUCUUGGAGCCUGUAACUGGGGCCUAAAACAGCUCUUCUCAUUUUGGACUUUAUAAAAGAAAUGCAGGAUUUUGGUCCAGUAGUCUUUAUUUAAUUAUUUUCAGAUUUUUGAGUAUUUGGUUGAAAUCCAUCAUGUAUAUCUCUCUUCUGCUCUUGCAUGCACAUAAGAGUUAGUCCCUGCUUGGUUACUUUUCUUUGUUUAUUUGCAGCAAUUUCUCAGCAUAUAAUUCCUAGUAAAUAUCACAAAUGAUUCCUUUAAGCUUUUUAUGUUGCAGAAUCAUGUUGCAAGCUUAAGUCAUGUUGGGAUGAAACUGCAACUAACGCGCAAAUGUGUUAAAGCCCUGUUGAAAAGGAAACAGAGUCUGGCUCUCUUCACAGCAUCCUCAAGCCAGCUUGAUGCAUUUCUUUCCUUUUUAGAAGAAACAAAUGAUUUGAUAGUGUGGUGUUCAGUCAAUUUUUAGAAAAUUCUUUAAUCCUUUGUCUUUCAAAUACACACUCAUCACCACUGUCGCCACCUUACCACUAAUAUGUACCUUAACUGUAACAGUAUCUUAAUGUACAGUCUUGUUGGGGAAUAUUAGUUUUGUAAUAAAAUGUUUUUCAUACAUUUAA